UUGCCAUAUCCAAUUCUCCUCACUCUCAGAACACAAGGGUUAGGUUUUUUUUUUUGACGCCUAACACAAGAGUUAGUUAAAUAAGUUUUUUGUAAAAUUUAGGGGUAGUAGUAUUUUACUAUUUUACCCUGUUUAAAACAUCGCUGUCUUAGUAGGAGGUUAGGACUCCGACCAAUCGAGGAAUUGUCAGGCGUCCCGAACUCGUUUCUGCCCUUCUGGCUCUUCUGCCGCCCUUUUUCCUGGUUCAGUCGAUCUCUGCUUUGUUCAAAAUUCUGAUAGGCGCCAGUGUUGUCGAGAAGGCGAAGGAGACAAUACAUGAAAAGAAAACUACCACCACACCAGACCGAUUACAAAUCUGACCGAACAUCUGCCUGAGAUGUCCUCCUCUAAGAUGGCCUGCAAUGAAUCCGGGGGAUCUCCGAUCCUUAUAGCCAUGUCUAAAUAUUGGUGACUAAGGGCUGCCAUAUGAUCUGCUCUGUUAGCAUCCCUGAAAACGUGCCUUAUUCUAGUAUCUUCAAAUUGUUAAUUGCACUCGCUGAGUUCUUGCCAUCAGUCUAGUUUCAAAUCAAGCAAACAAUGGAUAGUGCUUCAUCAUGGGAUGGAACUCUCAGAUUGAGCGAAUUUUAUUUUGCUGCAAGGGCUCUAUCUCAGAAAUGGAAACAUAUGAACCAUGUACUCCCUCCAUGGACAUGGUUCCCUUGUCCAAGACCAUCCUGGGCUGCUUCUCAUGAAGUAGAGGGGUACCUUUCCUUGGAAAAUGUAUGCUAUCUGAGAUCUAAUGGGGAAGAUCCUGAUAGAAGUUGCACUUCAAAAGAAGAACCCAGUUACUACAAGGAGGAAUUGACUGAUGAUGCCACACUGGUUCAGAGCUGUGACGAAGAAGUGCAUUUCUAUGAUUUCCACAUAUUGUACAGUGGUUCCUACAAGGUCCCAGUGCUAUAUUUUCGUGCAUAUUACUCUGAUGGACAACCUUUGGCAUUAGACGACAUUGAAAAGGAUCUCCCACCAAACUCUUUGAAGAUAUUGAGGGAGUCAAAAUGGACAUUCAUAACUCAAGAGGAGCAUCCAUACUUGAACAGGCCAUGGUACACAUUGCAUCCAUGUGGAACUAGUGAGUGGGUGAAGUUACUUUUUUCUGGUGACAGUUGUAACAACGAGUAUGUCAUAGAAAAAUACUUAAUUUCAUGGUUAUCGGUAGUUGGUCAGGUUGUUGGUCUAAAAAUCCCCCUUGAAAUGCUUAAAAAGGCUCAGUUAUACCCUGUUUCAUCUUCAUCUUCUGUUAAUGAUGGAUUAUCUCGAUGGAACCCUCAAGAGGAUUGUUAAUAAGGCAUAUAUUUAUCGCAAUUUUAUCACGUUGGAUUUCUUA